AUGAAUCCUGACGCGAGUCUUACUUGUGAAUCUUUGGUGAAACCUGCUUGGAGUGUGGACGUAUGGUUAGUGCAAGAUUUGCAAUAUGAUGUUGAGAGUUUAACAGACGAUUAUAGCAAUUUUCGUGGCGAUGAGUCAAUCGAUUCAUCAAAUACAGAUGAUAAAAUUUUAUACGGUACAACAAUGAUCAAUGGUAUUUUGAGUUUAGAAAAUUCAAAACGAACUUCAAGCACAACUAUAGCUAAACAAACAUUUCUGUUAUUUGCUAAAACAUUACACGAACUUGGUCACGCAAGCAUUUUUAAAAGUGGCCGUCUUAUGAGAUCUAAUAGAUUACACAUGAACAAACGAAAUGAACUUUUUAGCACACCAGCAACGCAUGCAUUAUCCGCCGAAGUGGGUAAUGCUAUCGAAAGGUUCUUAUUUGGUUCUAUUAUUGGAACAGUGGGAAGACAAGAUGGAAACUUAUUUAUAAUCAAAGAAAUUCUAUUGCAAGAACAAAAACCUAGUGGUAUUAUUGACUCGUCGUGGUUGAAAGCUUUCACCGAUUUAGAUUUGACAAGUUUGAAUGCAAUACCACUAAUUAUUUAUACACCAUUAACAAAAAAACGACUCAAAGCAGCAAAGUCAAGUCCGAAAAGCCUGGAAGAACCUUUAACUCAAGAUGAAGAUGAAAAUGAUGAUAAUGAAGAUGAUGAUGAUGAUGACGAUGAUGAUGAACCUGUGUUAAAAAGUACGAAUUAA